UUAUGUGAGCAGCAUUUUACUCUUGUCAAAGUAGGGCUCAUUUUAACUAUACUAGUUUAAUCGCUUUAAUUUCAUCAUGUUUUUCAUGUUAAAUCUGGAUCUGAAAAAUUACUUAAAAAUAUCAGCUAAAUGUAGUGAGGUAAAAAGUAGAAUAUUUGCCUUUAAAUUAAAGUGGAGUAGAAGUAUAAAGUUACAUAAGAUACUAAUUUAAAAAAAAAUACUUGCUAACUGAAAAUGGAAUGUCCAGGUUGUAACCUAGCAACAGCAUCAGUGAUUGUUAGAAACUGUUUUCUCACAACUUUUCAAUGCUGAUUGAAUAAGUUAACUUAUAAGUCACAUUUUUUUCUGGAGAAAAGGCUUCUGCUGUUGUUUUUAACUUCAUGUCAAAAACAGAAAUGCUGAGGCUGCUGGUGAAACAGCGGCUGGACGCGGCAGCUGAAGAAAUAACUGCCCUGUUUGAGAAAAUAGCAGAUAUCAAGGAGGACCCAUCUGGUUUAAAGGAACUACUGGAUGAAGUUAUCAACCCUGGUGCUCAAUUACAAAGAUCAGCUAAUCUACAGAUCAAAACAGAAGCUGAUGAUGAAAACUUUGACCAGACCGGAGCAGCUCAGUCAGUGUUGAGCCCUUGUCUGGACCAGGGGAACCCUGAAAGCCCAAACAUUAAAGAGGAACCAGAGGAACUCUGGACCCGUCAGGAGGAAGAGCCUCCAGCCAGCAGCUCCACUCAACACGUGGAAACAGAAGCUGACGGAGAGGACUGUGCAGGAUAGGACGGAGCCAGGACAGCGAACCCAUAUAUUAAUCUAUCAGCAGCAGCAGCUAGCACAAGAGAGAAACCAUUUGGAUGCAGAGUUUGUGAGAAAAUAUUUACCUGCAAAAGCAACAUGCAGGUGCACAUGAGAGUCCAUACUGGGGAGAAACCGUUUGCUUGCAGCGUUUGUGAGAAAAGAUUUAGCCACAAGCUGAGUCUGCAGGCGCACAUGGUAGUCCAUACUGGGGAGGGACCACAUGGUUGCAGCGUUUGUGAGAAAAGAUUUAGCCACAAGCAUCAUCUGCAGGUGCACAUGAGAGUCCAUACUGGGGAGAAACCAUUUGGUUGCAGCGUUUGUGAGAAAAGAUUUAGCCACAAGCCGAGUCUGCAGGUGCACAUGAGAGUCCAUACUGGGGAGAAACCAUUUGGUUGCAGCGUUUGUGAGAAAAGAUUUAGCCACAAGCAUCAUCUGCAGGUGCACAUGAGAGUCCAUACUGGGGAGAAACCAUUUGGUUGCAGCGUUUGUGAGAAAAGAUUUACCCACAAGAGCAACCUACGGGUGCACAUGAGAGUCCAUACUGGGGAGAAACCAUUUGGUUGCAGCGUUUGUGAGAAAAGAUUUAGCCACAAGCCGAGUCUGCAGGACCACAUGGUAGUCCAUACUGGGGAGAAGCCAUUUGGUUGCAGCGUUUGUGAGAAAAGAUUUAGCCACAAGCAUCAUCUGCAGGUGCACAUGAGAGUCCAUACUGGGGAGAAGCCAUUUGGUUGCAGCGUUUGUGAGAAAAGAUUUACCCGCAAGUGCAACCUACAGGUGCACAUGAGAUUCCAUACUGGGGAGAAACCAUUUAGUUGCAUUUAGUCACAGGUGCAGUAUACAAGGAACAAACCACUUGGCAAAAGGGUUUCACACCUAUAGCUUACAGAUGUUGUAAACUUAAAGUAUUUGUGACAAAAAAACUCGACAAGGCAAACUUUUCUUUAAAUGUGCACUUUUUUUGAAAGGUAUAAUAUGUAACUCUUCUGCAAUAAAAUGUCUAA